AUGAGACUUCUCGACGCGGAGGCACUCAUCUACGACAAUGAAGCGAGACUGGAGGAGUUCAUCGACGAGCGAUCACUGCCCCAAUUUGCUAUCCUCUCACAUACCUGGGAGAAACAUGAAGUCUUGUUUCAUGAUAUUGCUCUCGGCCCGCAGCAUGAGAUUGAAAUCAGCCUAGCUGCGGCGCGAAGAAACGACGAUCGUCGCUAUGACCAGAGAGAUUGGGAUGGAGAGACCUGGUCUAUGGGCUCUGUGUCAUCGUACAGCGACACGUGCUCAGUUGAUGGAUCUGGCCUUGAGGGCUCAUCCGACGAGGUAGACGAAAGGAGUGAUACAUCCUCAGGACAGGCUGAACCAGCGGAUGUUUUUGAAGACUUGCUGGAUGCCUUCAAGACAAGACCCCGCGAAUCAACCACGACGCAUGUCAAAGCCGGAUGGAACAAGGUCCCGAAUACCUGCCUGCAAGCCAGUCGAGACGGCCAUCGCUACGUUUGGAUCGAUACCUGCUGCAUCGACAAAUCAAGCAGUGCCGAGCUCUCCGAAGCCAUCAAUUCCAUGUACAGGUGGUACAGCCUUGCAGCAGUUUGCUAUGUCUACCUCAGCGACUGCACAAAAUGCCCUCAGCUAGAUAUUAGCAUGUCUGCGAAGAACCGAAAAGGUAUUCACGUCGACGCUCUACGAGGCAACUUCCCAGGACGCUCGCCCAGUGGAUUUAGCAUCGCCCAGCGCAUGUCGUGGGCAGCCAAGAGGGAGACAACUCGCAUUGAAGAUGCUGCGUAUAGUCUUCUGGGAUUGUUCAACAUCAACAUUCCCUUUCUCUAUGGUGAAGGCCGUAGAGCCUUUCCAAGACUGCAAGAAGAGAUCGUCCGAACGUCCGCCGAUCAAUCCAUCUUCGCUUGGGAUGUCGGGGAGGAUUCGUCCAGCGACCCACGGCCGUACACUUCUUUGUUCGCCAACUCAAUAGUUCGUUUUGGCAGGGAUGCACGAAACAUAGACUACCUUGACCACAAAUACGAACAUCCACAGGAGGUUUGGGGUACAUUCAUGCAGCUUACAGGCGAAGGUGUGCGCCUGGAUCUUCCACGGGAUCAAUGGAGACAGGAUAAUGAGUUCACAAUCAGCUUUGCAUAUCUGAACUGCACGUACAAAGGAAGUCGUGUUGGACUGCGUCUGAGGAACACAAGCCUUCCCCGACCCUGUCGCUCACCCCAGACCAGCAGUCCGUUGCAGACCAACGUCGAGGUAGAGUUCGUCUUCUCUAUACACUCGAGCCAGACGGCGUGCUUCAGCAGACUGGUCUUGGUUCACGACAUAGCCACAGAUCUGACGAGGGAAUACGGGCAGCUCCAAGAACUGCUGAUCACGUACAGCGGCCGAGGCGAGCAGUCUUUCGUAUGCCAGAGAAGCAUCGGAGUCGUUGUGCAAUCGGCAAUACUGCCUCAGCCAUCGUGGAAACCGUGGAAAGUGGUUGCUGCAUAUCCUGUGUCACAAUGGAAGCCUGGCCUCGACAAAAUGCUGUUGACUGACAAGAGCGGCGUGUACGGUGCGGUUGCCAUCGACGCCCCAAAUCACGAGACUUUUCUGAUGGUGAUUGGCCGACAAAAAGUUAUAGCCGCUUGCCCCUUGUCCGAACUAUGUCCUACUGGCUAUUCCCCUCUCCAGGAAUAUACCCCAAAACCACCUUAUGGGAGACAGAGAGAAGGCUUGUUCUUGAAGCACAGCUUGGCAGAGCCUGCCAACGAGUUGAGCUCCUUGCCUCAAAGGACUACUUUGAGCGUACAAACCGUCGACUAG